AUGGAGAAGCAGCUCAGGGCGGCCGACCCGGACGAGGAGCAGCGGCUCGAGAGGAUCCGCCGCAUGCCCUCGCUCGACCAGUGCUACAACCUGAUGGACUUUGAGUCCGUCGCCCGCCGCGUCAUGAAGAAGACCGCCUGGGGCUACUACUCCUCCGGCUGCGAGGACGAGAUGGUACCUCUCUCUCUCUCUCUCUACGAUUGUCACUAUGAAUAUGAUGAAUGCUAA